AUGUACCCGAUCCCCCUUGACUGGGCCGGCGAUGGAACGACUGCGAAACCCAGAAAAGCCAGCGAAGCGGCGACGACACUGCCAGAGCACGAAGAAGACGUAAUCGACCCAACCACUGGCGAGAUCGAGAUCGUGUGGAGACCCCGUAACGUACGCCUGACCGACGACGCAGCCAUUGCCUCGCUUUGCAUUCACGAAUCACGACAUAGUUACCGCACCGAAAACCUCGCUUGGGACUUCGACUCUAAAGGAGAGAUCCGUAAGACAAGAGUACCACACGGACCAACAAUUACGAUCUCGCAGAACGGUCUCCCAACACUCCCAGCGGAUGCAAUACAUCCGGCUGGCUACUACGCGACGGCCAUAGGACAGGAGCGAAGUUCACUGGAGGUUUGGUUUUACCGCAGAUGGUCCCGCAGCGGUCUUACGGGUUGUAAUGAAUUAGACCCUGGUCGUCGCUGGUCACUUCGGGCCAAGUAA